UUGCCUCUCACAAAGUGGCACUUUGCGAUUUCCGAAAUCGAGAGGUUUUACGACCAAGCGGCACUGAAAGCCGCAUCUCGACCUGACCCAGAAGCGCGCUCCCGAGGUUUACGUGGCUACUCCCCCUUUACACUGUACGUGCGCGCACCCCUCUAUCGCGUGGUGGGGAUCAUCCAUAUUGCUGCUGCUGGUGGAGAUAAGGUUGUAAUCCUGAGAGGCCGUCGAACACGUUUCUUCAUUUUUUUUUACAUAUGUUUUAGCCCCGCGCGGACUACUCUGCGUCUUGGACUGAAGCUAUUUGGUCUAGGAGCGACAGAGGAGCGGCACACUCCGCGGAACAACUUCACAUUUCCUUGAAAUUGAAGGCGAAUCCGGGCCGGGGGGGAGGACUGGUAAUCCUGAGGGGGGAAGAAAGACGGUGGUGGGAAAUGGCCACUCAGGUGGAGGCUCUCCUGCCUGGCAAUCCGCUUGCCAAAGCCGAGGAGCACGGGAAAGUGAUCCGAGGUGAGCCGGAGGAAGAGGAGGGCGGUCGGGACGACGUGGCCAAGCGGCAGACGGCUGUCGACGACCAGGGGAGCAGCGACAGCAGCAGCGGCGGCGGCGGCGGCGGCAGCCCCGGGCAGGGAGGGACCCCUGGUACGGAGGAGCAGACCUCCAAACAGGCGACGGAGGAGGAGGAGAGCAAAGGGGACUGUGACAACGAGGACAAGCAAACCGAGGAGGGGGUUAAAGGCAGCAGGAAGGAGUUAACCGAGGCUCCCCCGCCCAAGGUGAACCCGUGGACUAGGAAAAUGAAUGCGGUGACCGUGGUCAGCGUGAACGGACAAGCACACCACGAGUCGACCGGCCCCGCCAAGGUGGUGAGAGCAGGGAACCCACCCAAAGCCAGACGUGGAGGAAAGGUUGGCGAUUUUGGUGACGCAAACAGCUGGCCAACUCCGGGGGAGAUUGCAACUAAAGACAUGCAGAUCGAGGCAGUGACACGGACCGUGUCCUGCCCGCCGACUGUCAGGCAGGUCAAAGACUCAUGGAGAUUCACUGUCCCCAAGAGGACGACGGCCAAGAAGGAGUUGAAGGAGAAGAGGGAGAGCAACGAGGAGAGCAAGGAGAACCUGAAGGCCAAGUCAGACGACUCUGGAGAGGAGAAGAACGGCGACGACGACUCCCAGAAGAACGGACCGAAGAAAAAAGGAAACAAGCAGAAGUGGGUUCCCCUGAUGAUUGAGGUGAAGUCCGAGGGUCCCCGGGAGCGCUCAGCCUCCAGGAACAACAGCAGGCAGAACGAGAACCCCCGCUUGCCCCCUAACGCCAGGAACGACCUCAGAGACUGGCACAGUCAAAAGUAUGAGCGGGAGUGGCGUGAUGAUCAUGACGAGGUGUCCAGUGUGAAGAGCGAAGGGGCGCCAUUCCGAGGAGGGUUCAGAGGUCGCGGACGUGGAAGAGGAAGAGGCCGGGGACGAGGCAGAGGCGGGAGAGGCCACUAUGACUACCACUACAGCUACAAGUCCUACGAUAUGAAAGAAGGAGCCUUCGGCCAGAAGUUUGGCAACUCGGUGACCUACUACUACGACAACAUGAGCAGCAACGACCUGUACUCGGUCGAUCAGGGCCUGCUGAAGGACUACAUCAAGAGGCAGAUUGAGUACUACUUCAGCCUGGACAACCUGGAGCGGGACUUCUUCCUGCGGAGGAAGAUGGAUCAGGAGGGCUUCCUGCCCAUCGGACUCAUCGGCAGUUUCCACAGGGUGCAGGCCCUCACCACCGACGUCAACGUCAUUAUCGAAUCUUUGAAGGACAGUAAGGAAGUGGAGGUGAUCGACAUGAAGAUCCGUCGGAAGGUGGACCCCGAGAAGUGGCCUCUUCCGGGCCUGAACAUGCCCAACCACACCGACUUCUCCCAGCUCAUAAACUGCCCCGAGUUUGUCCCGAGACAAAUGCCAGAGGAGCCCAGAGGUGAGCGCUCUGAGCUGCUGUUCAUGACACUGAACCGUUCUCCCAGAGCCUCUGGAUCAGUACAGCGACAGACCAAGGCUGAACCAGACAUCUCCAACCUGAAGACGAUGCCCAAGGGCCUCUCGGCCAGCCUGCCUGACCUGGACUCCGAGUCCUGGAUUGAGGUCAAGAAGAGGCCAAGACCCUCCCCGGCCAGACCCAAGGCCCCCUCGUUGCAGCAGCAGCAGCAGCAGCAGCAGAAGGAAAAGGACGACCAAAUUCGCUCCCCCGUGCCUCAGCCUGGCCCCUCCCCCGCCCCCGCUACCUCAGGAAAUAAGGACGGAGGCGAACCGGACGAACCAGAGGAGCUGGACUUCAUGUUCGACGAAGAGAUGGAGCAGAUCGAUGGACGGCGAAACACCUUCACCGACUGGUCGGACGAGGAUACAGACGGGGAGAUCGACGACCAUGACGUCAACAAGAUCCUGAUUGUGACGCAGACGCCGCCCUACCUGAGGAAGCACCCGGGGGGCGACCGCACGGGACACCACACGUCGCGCUCCAAGCUCACGUGCGAGCUGGUCAAGGUGAUCAACGAUGGCCUCUUCUACUACGAGCAGGACCUGUGGGACGACACGUACGAGCCCGAGUACGCCACCAUCAAGCAAGAGGUGGAGAACUUCAAGAAGGUCCACCUGAUCAGUCGCGAACAGUUCGACUGCCUGACCCCAGAACCCCCUGUCGACCCCAACCAGGAAGUCCCGCCAGGCCCACCGCCCCCAAAGCAGAUUCCCACAGACGCUUUGGCAAACAAACUCUUCGGCGCCCCCGAGCCCUCGUCAAUAGCUCGCUCUCUCCCGACAACUGUGCCUGACUCACCCAACUACCGCAGUGCCCGGACGCCCCGCACGCCUCGCACCCCUCACCGCAAGGAUCAGACCAUGACCCCGCGCUUCUACCCGGUGGUGAAGGAAAGUCGGCCCGUCGACGCCAAGACGCCAAGGAAGAGGAAGACCCGACACAGCUCCAACCCGCCCAUGGAGUGCCACGUUGGCUGGGUGAUGGACUCCAGAGAGCAUCGAUCUCGUACUGCCUCCGUCAGCUCUAACGCCAGCCCAUCAGAGGGCACUCCUGCCCUGGGAAACAUCGGCUGCACGCCUCAGUCCCUCCCCAAGUUCCAGCACCCGUCACACGAGCUGCUCAAGGAGAACGGCUUCACGCAACAUGUUUACCACAAGUACCGCCGGCGCUGCCUAAACGAGCGAAAGCGGCUGGGAAUAGGCCAAUCACAGGAGAUGAACACACUCUUCCGUUUCUGGUCUUUUUUCCUGCGAGAUCACUUCAAUAGGAAGAUGUACGAGGAGUUCAGGCAGCUGGUGGUGGAGGACGGGAAAGAGGGAUACAGGUACGGUUUGGAGUGCCUCUUCAGGUACUAUAGUUACGGUCUAGAGAAGAAAUUCAGGCCUGAUAUCUUCAAGGACUUCCAAGAGGAGACCAUCAAAGACUACGAGGCUGGUCAACUUUAUGGACUGGAGAAGUUCUGGGCCUUCCUUAAAUACUCCAAAGCCAAGACCAUGGAGAUCGAUCCCAAGCUGCAGGAGCACCUGAGCAAGUUUAAACGUCUGGAGGACUUCAGGAUUGAUCCACCGAUGGAGGAGGGGAGGCGCAGGAGACACUCGUCCAGCGGGGACGGUCGCCGCAGGCACCCCUCUCAGCCCACCAGCCGGCCCCACAGCCAGGCCAGCUCAGGCCCCGGCCCCAGCCCCGCCCCCACGGCCCCCGGCCCCGCAGCCAAGGAUGAUGCCAAACCCACCAGCCAGAAAGCUGCUGCCGCUCCUGCCGCUGACCCCGCACCAGAUGCCAAGACACUGAAGUAACUCCACAAACAGACGGGCCCGCAUGGAUCAACUGAACCACGUCUGGAAGUCGCGGGUUCCUUUCAGUGCAACAGGAGGGGGGAGGGGGCAUCCAGCCAUCCAUUUAAGCUUGAGAAUUUUUUUUUUAAUUGAGAAAGGAAGAAAAUAAUGAAAAUGUUCAGAUUAUUCAGUAGUUUGAAGUUUUUGCAGAAAAAUUACCUUUUCUUUAUUUAGGCAAAGACUGGAUGAGGUAUCAAACAUUUUUUUUUAUAUAUAUCAUUGCUGGUCCACACGGUGGAUGGUUUCAGCAGUGAUUCACUAUCAACAUUUUUUUCAUGUUGACCCCCCCUCUCCAUCACUGGAAACCCCUCUUUGAUUGACACUGUCCCGCUGGCUGAAAGAUAUUUGAUUCUUUGCCCAAAUCUCUACAGAUCAGUGAUUAUUAUUUCUUCGGCAUGUGGUGGAAUUGGAGACUUGGAAAUGGUUUGAACUAGACUGAGCAUCUGAAAAAGCCAACUGGCUCAAGGCCGUGCUGCUCCUCACAUCCAACCGGACCAAAGUGGUUUGAACCGAGCGACUGACGUUUUCACCCGCAGAGCCCUGAGUGUGCGCUCGGCUGAGGGGCUAAAAAAUUUAAAAUAUUUGAUUUACUUUAUGGCUGGAUAUUGAGGGGAGAAACAUUUAAAGAGCCAAAUGAUGAAAAGAGAGAGGAGGAAAAAAAAAGACUUGUACCACCCCCUCAGUAUGGACACGAUCAUUGAAAGUUGCCUUAUUUUAAUGGUUUUACUGCUUCGAACUUGUGCCCGCCACCUUAUUGUUGAUUGUACAGCAUUGAAAUCACCCAUUUAUCUGGUCACCAUUUCCGGCAGAUGCCACUAAGUGGCGCUGCGCCUACCAAACUGUUUUCCAUCGACCCCCUCCCCCCCUCAGUUCCCUCCGUCACCUUUUCUCAGCUGUCUUCCAAGUUUCAUUUGGUCUGUUACAAGUCCAGUAAUUCUUCCGUGUGUCUGCAAGUCGUGGCUUUUUGUGCUGAAAUAUGCCGCCCCCCCCCCUCCCCACACACCCACACCCCCAACCGCCACUACGGAUCUCUCUUUGGGUGCUUCCUAACCUCGGGCCUCCUAGUCAGACGAGCUGCAUCCAUCCGUUAAUCCAUCCGCUUGACAUCCAUCCAUCGGUCGACCAUCAGUGACACUACAAGACAGGAAUCAUCAAUCUGGAUUACUUGAACAAACGAUGGUUGUGAGGAGGACCUUCGUGAUCUGUGCAAAAUGCUCUGGAUGGAGACGCCAACGAGGCUCAAACACUUGGCCUCUGACUUCACUGUCGUUCGCUCGGCCCGACCCGCUGCUUAUUAUGGGGGCUGACUGCGCUCGCCGCCUCUUGUUUCUCUGUCACACACACACCACACGUCAGGUACAGAUGUAGCAGCCUGAGCAAGAAGAAAACAAUUGCAGCUUUUUGUCUUGCCUCGUCGUGGACAAACAUUCAAGGCUGUAUUGUUCGUUCGCCCCCUGUUCAGUUCAGUCGUCACUCUUCUUCCAGUCAGCUGUGUGGGUAGUUAGAUCUAUAUCCAACUUGAGUACUGAUGAUAUCAAAUACUGAUUUUUUUUUUCUUUCCUCCAUUAAUGUAAAUGUGAAUUUGACAGAUGAAGAGAAAUGAUUACAGCUCCUUGCUAUUUGUUUUAUUGUUCAUAGAACAGAUUAUAUAUUUGCCUUACAAGUGUAUGUACUCUAACUUUUUUUUUUUUAAUGGUCUCAUAAUUAUCUUUUAAUGCUUUUUAAUUUCAAUUUGCAGUGUUUCUAGCGUUGUUAUGAUGAACGUGGGGUUUUUGUGUCAGGCUGUUAAAAAAAACAAACCUCUGUGGAUUUCAGGACCGGGAACAUAGUUCACAUCACAAAAGGGAAAGUUGACAUCAGGUUGUCAACAGGUAUUUCACAGAUUCUCAUGAUGAAUUCAGCUAAUUUGCUCUUUUUUGCCAAGAUGACUGAGCGGCAGUUCAACCAACUGUUAACCUGACUCAGAAUAUUGGUUAAAUCUUCAGCCUCCAAGUUUCCUUCAGUCCGUAUGUCUGUCAAGACUCAAAUGGAUAAAUUAAUUUGUUUUGGGGGUUUGAACUGAACAAUAAGUUCAUAAAGAAUCUUAAUACCCAUGGUUAUCCCGAUGCUUCAUCAAGAGACCUAUUUUCCAGUGACAUGUCACGUUUGUUGCUGCAGAGUACACACACACUAUUGCAAAAAACGUCAAAUGCUUUUGAGGAAUUAAAUAGGAAAAGGCCUGACUUGUUUAGAUGAAUUUGUGUUGGACACGUGCCUGUUUUGCUCAUUUGUUUUUUUUAAGUCAAGGUCCUUUGGUGUAACUAGUCGUUCUGCCUGUUCUCGCAGGAAGGAGGCAGAUAUCCAAUUGUCUCGUCAGUGUGUCUUCAUUUUUUUCCUCUAAACCCAGAAUUUGAUGGAAACAUGAAAAUGCAAAGCUGUAUUUCCUUUUUCUUUUUUUUCUUUUUUUUUCUUUCAAUGUCUUGUUGGUUUAACUUCAGGGAGCUUUGGAUCAGUUUCAGAAACUUACAGUUGAUGCAUCAUGUUGUUUACUGGAGGUUUAAAGACAGGAAAAAAAAAGGCUACAAGCUAUUUAGAAAAGCUAAACUCCGUGAAUUUCCCCAAAACCAACGAACGCCUUUGAACGGGUCAGCUGGUGUGUGGCUGCAGUCACACGACCCCUCCCUCUAAUGUGGCCGUCAGCUGCCAUCAGACGUGUGGGGGUUUCAGAUGUUUUGGGAGUCAGCUUUCUGGAACUGCUGUAUGAUGCCCAGACUGAGCGGCAGGGGGCGCUGCAGCCGCCGCUCGUCAGUUCUGUCGUGGAUUUGAGAACAUGGCUGGACACUGGAGGGACGAGUGAUGGACGUGGGGAAGAGAGGGAGCAGCAGGAAAACAAGAAUAAGAGAAAGUACAUUGACUGAGGUUUGUGACGUUGCUGAGGAAUAUGGCUGGUUACGAUGUCUGGAGACUGAAAAAAAAAAUUCCAUAAAGCCAUAAGAAUAAGAAAUAGCUGUAUAUGAACCAUUCGAAUAGUUCAUUACACCACAAUAUCCUAGGCUUGUGAUGAGGAAAAAAGAUGAAAAUGAGGAAAAGAACAAAAAAAUAUAUAAAAUGGAAAAAAUGUAAAAUACUUGAAUGAGAUCUUGUAUAAUAUCAUUUAAUAUUCAUAAUAUCUGCUUUGUAGGCUGAUGUGAUUCGCUAUUAGUGUUAUUUGUAAUUUGUAGUAAUUAUGCUUUCCUUUAAUAAAGAAAAAAAACACAAAACGGACAAAAAAACCUCAAA